CCAGUUCUUCUCCUUAAAUACCUUCUCUCCCCAUGCUAGGUCCGGAUUUAAUUUCUCUUUUGGCUCAUUUCUUUCAUUUUGUUUCAGGAGUGUACAGCUUAAACAAUGAGAAGCAGUGGGUAAAUGAUGUCACUGGAGAGAAACUUCCUGAGUGCAAAGCAGUGUGCGGAAAGCCCAAGAACCCAGUGGAUCAGGUGCAGCGCAUCAUGGGCGGCUCUCUGGAUGCCAAAGGCAGCUUUCCCUGGCAGGCCAAGAUGGUCUCCCACCAUAACCUCACCUCAGGGGCCACACUGAUCAAUGAACAGUGGCUUUUGACCACCGCUAAAAAUCUCUUCCUGGGCCAUACAGAUGAGGCAAAAGCCAAAGACAUUGCCCCUACUUUAAGACUCUAUGUGGGGAAACACCAGCUGGUGGAGAUCGAGAAGGUCGUGCUUCACCCCGACCACUCCAAGGUGGACAUCGGGCUCGUCAAACUCAAGCAGAAGGUGCCCAUUGAUGAGAAAGUAAUGCCCAUUUGCCUGCCUUCAAAAGAUAAUGCGGAAGUGACGGGACGUGUGGGUUAUGUGUCUGGCUGGGGGCGAAAUGCCAACUUUAAUUUUACUGAGCAUCUGAAGUAUGUCAUGCUGCCCGUGGCUGACCAAGACAAAUGUGUAAUUCACUAUGAAGGCAGCACAGUGCCUGAAAAGAAGACGCCGAAGAGCCCUGUCGGGGUGCAGCCCGUGCUGAAUGAGCACACCUUCUGCGCCGGCUUGUCCAAGUAUCAGGAGGACACCUGCUAUGGCGACGCGGGCAGCGCCUUUGCUGUUCACGACACGGAUGAGGACAUCUGGUACGCAGCUGGGGUCCUGAGCUUUGAUAAGAGCUGCACUGUGGCUGAGUACAGUGUAUACGUGAAGGUGCCCUCCAUCCUGGACUGGGUUCAGAAAACCGUAGCUGAAAAUUAAUGCACGGCUGGCUGGGAGCAAGAUUUCACUCUGGAAGAGGGAGAACUGGAUGGAACUGGAGGGGAUAAAACAUGGUGUGAAGCUCAUGGGGUCCGGCCCCACAUUGCCAAGCCAAUCAAUAAAAACUCUCUUUUGA